ACAUCUUUCUCCCACCCCACAAGGUGGAUUUCGAACCUUUUAUAAGGUGUUCAGGUCAUUUAACCGGAUCAUUACUGUUCAAACUCUGAACAGUAAAUUGUUAUUUCAUUUUACGAGUUUGGAUUUAUAGUGUAGGAUGCGUUACCUACAGGUUUCCAUCUUCCUUUUCGCCCUGUGCUCUGCCAGCCUUGCAGACAAACAGGACACCAAACAAACCAAACGAGGUCUGGUUGGCUCACUAGGCUACGCCUCAGGCUACGGACAUGGUCUGUCAGGCUACGAUCUGGGCUAUGGAAGCUAUGGAGGAUUAGGCUAUGCUCAUGGAGCCGAGUAUGGUCUGGGGUACUCUGGUCUGGGAUACUCAGGAAUCAAGGGUUACUCAGGUCUAGGAUAUUCAGGACUUAAGGGAUACUCAGGUCUGGGAUACUCAGGUCUGGGAUACUCAGGUCUAGGAUACUCAGGUAUUGGAACCUAUGGAGCAGGUUACGGUUACGGAUACCAUCAACCCAUCACCGUGAACACCAUCAGCAAGAAAGUAGCAGUUCCCGUUCCCCAUCCAGUCCCUGUCACAGUUACCAAACCAGUUCCCUACCCAGUUCCUCACCCAGUUCCCGUGGAUGUUCCACGUGCAGUCCAUGUCGAGGUACCCCAACCCGUUCCAGUUACCGUUGAGAAGCCCUACCCAGUAGCAGUCGAGAAACCAUACCCGGUAGCAGUUCCUCACGCAGUUCCUGUAGCAGUUCCCAAGCCAGUUCCUUACACCGUUCCCCAGCCGUACCCAGUGUACGUUGAGAAACCGGUUCCUGUAGCCGUUCCUAAGCCAGUAGUCGUGAAAACCCCGGUAGCGGUCCAUGCCGCUCCAGCUUACAGUUACCCUGUGGGAGUGGCUUCAUACCCCGCUACUUAUGGCUCCUAUGGUUCUUAUGGAUACCCAGCCACCUAUGGAGGAUACAGCUCGUAUCCAUCAAGCUAUGGAUAUGGAACUCCAUUGGUUCAUGGAGUGGCCUCCAGCUACAGCCUGGGACAUGCAGUGAGCACUGGUUACUCCGGAUAUCAUGGAGCUUACUGAAUACUCUGAGAUUUCCACGUCAUGAAUCUCAAAUUCCUCUCCUUGUUUUGAAGAGCCAUCACGAGAAAAACGAUGACUGAGGAAGGCCACUGUACAAAACCAACUACUUCUACGAGUUCAAUUGCGAUUAAUUGAACCUGUACAUGAAUGAGUGCCAUUAUUUUUGUAAUUACAAUGUCAAUUCUACCAAAAAUGACAAAAUUCGUAAUGUAUAAUAUGUAAAAAUGUUUAAAAUCGAAGCUUUCGUAGAAUAUUAACAUCUGUGUUAGUGAUCAGAUCUUUGAAGGAUCAUGUUAAACUAAGUCUUUCUACCAAAAUAAAUUUUUUACUAUGUUAAAUUA